GCAAAUCAAUGUUUUUUGUCUGUUUUAAUCUCUAGAAUGUCAGAUCUAGGGGAGACAACGUUCGAGCCCUCGGGUUCCGAUGUGUCCGCUCAACCAUCGCCCCCUCCGUACGAAGAACCGAUACAGCAAGAUCCGCCGCCCUACUCCCAAGACUUAGUAGUGGAACAUGAUGAACCCAAAGGUGAAACGAUGGAAUGCAACGUGGCAGAGGGUGACCAGCCCUGCCCCGAAAUGAAAGCGGAGGGUCAGUCUGAGGAAGUCCCGUUGGCAGAGACGUCGGCUUUCGACGACAAGACAGUCAGGAGAGCGUUUGUUCGCAAGGUGUUCAGCAUCCUGACCCUGCAGCUGGUGUUCACAUUCAGCGUGGUGAGCGUGUUCACCUUCUCGAGUGUGGUGAAGAAGGCGGUGCAGAGGAACAUUUGGGUUUAUGUUAGCUCCUUCAUCAUCUUCCUCGUGGUCUGCAUUGCUCUGAACUGCGCCAAGUCCCUCCGACGCAAACACCCCUGGAACAUCAUCGGUCUGGUGGGUGACCCCCGAAUAUAUAGUGCUACUUAGUGCUGUGGUGUUCAU